AUGGACAGAAGGGCGAGUGGGCUGGUUGGCGAAGCCCAAGGAAGACGAGGCCGCGACACGAGAGAACAGGCGGGGAAGAGGAAGGUCGUCGGGUCGUCGGUGGGAGGGGAGUUUUCGUGGCUUGGGGAGCCGGAGGCGGUCUUCCCAGAUGGCAAGCAGCGUCGCGCGACGAGAGGCGAGGCGAGGGAAGAGGGGGCGAGAGGCGCGAGCGAUGGAUUGGGGAUGCAGCAGGAAGAGAGCAGCAAGAUAGACGACGGUGGUUGA